AUGGCAUACUCAUCACGACCAACCUCAAUGCUUUCAGGCGCGCCUGGUGGCUCUUCUAUGCGUCAGCCUAGUGGUUCGCAAGCCUCACAACAAUCUUCGGCGCUGUCGGCCCGCAUCGCAGCUAAAAAAGCCGAGCUCGAGAAUCUGCGGCAACUACGUGAUUUGAGUGGAACAUUGGCGAUGCAAAUGCAAGCUUUGGAGAGUAAGAUCUCCACUUUGAAAGAUGGCACUGAAGCUGUUGCAUACGUGCUUUCCAAUUGGGAUAACGUUCUCAGGGCCAUUACCCUCGCGUCGAAAAAAGCAAGCGGACUCCACGACCCGGCGACCGAGCCAAGCACCAAGAAUGUGGAGAAUGCGCGCAAUCAACCUCGCCUGCCAUCAACGCUGGUUCGCAUUCCGGCCGAGCCACGUGAGAAGACUGGCGAGUGA